AUCAAAUUCACAACGUUUUCUUAAAAUAUUGAAAUUGGCAAAUCAAUGUAAGAACUGACAGUCACAGCUGACACUUGCGAUUUGACAAUAAAUUGGGGCGGUCGGAGGGUGGCUGAGACGAUUGACGAAUCAUCAAUCAAGAAACAGGCCAAAAUAAUCCUUGUGUGUCACUUCUUUAAAGUUUAAUAACUCUUGCUUUAAAAGCACUAAACUGCAACUACAAGGCUCCAAACGUUAAAAUUAAUAAAUCUGUUGAUGUCUAGAAUAACAAGUUAGUUUAUAGCUUUUCGAUGGAAUUUAUCGAGCUUAUCCUUAUCAAUAAGCUUGAUGGAGUUAUACUAAAAUAUCCACAUCAUGAUAACGUAGAUGGAACAGUGUGUAUAACAGGACACCACCUGAUUUUAAGUUCAAGGAAAGAAGGCGUUCGAGAGCUAUGGCUUCUUCACAAAAACAUAGAUAGCAUAGAAAAGAAAGAAAAUAAAGUAAGUGGAGGUGUUGUACAAGGAGGAUCACUAUUUUUAAAAUGUAAAGAUCUUAGAAUAUUUCAGUUAGAUAUUAGCAACUCAAUGGAACUUAAUCUGGUUGCACAAACUUUGGAGAAUUUAUCUAGUAUACAGGACCCUAGUCUUUUUUAUCCAUUUUUUUAUCGUCACAUGCAUCCUGUUAUGGAAAAUGGAUACACUUUAUAUAGCAUUGAAGGAGAGUUCACAAAAGUAUUAGCAACAGAAGAAUGGCGUAUUUCUCGUGUAAAUCAACAUUAUACGGUUUCACCAAGUUAUGCGCAAGCUGUGGUUGUACCGAAGGUUAUUGAUGAUGAAACAUUGUUGGCUGCAGCAAGCUUCAGGCAAGGUGGACGGUUUCCAGUUCUCUCCUACAGACAUAAUAAUGGGGCAGUGUUAUUAAGAGCUGGCCAGCCUCUCUAUGGACCAAAGCACAGGAGAUGCAAACCCGAUGAACAGCUUUUGAAUUCUGUUGUCAAUGUCGGCAUGAAGGGGAUUAUCUAUGACUUAAGGAGCUCUAGCUUAAUAUCCCAACAACAAAAUAAAGGUGGCGGAACAGAGACUGCGGCAAAUUACUCCCAAUGGAGAAUUUACAAUCGGUCAAUGGACGACGUGGAUAACCAACAACAAUUAUUGGAAAGUUUUUCUAAAUUAAUUGAGGCCUGUAUGGAUCAGGAGAUAUCCUGUGACAAAUGGAUGUCGCGUUUGGAAUCUUCCGGAUGGGCGGAAUCGGUGCGGAAUUCUUUGCACACGGCCUGUAUAAUAGCACAACAUAUACACCAUAAAGGUGAACCAGUGUUAAUACACGGAACGCGAGGUGAAGAUGCUACGCUUCUUGUGUGUUCUUUGGUUCAAAUAAUUUUAAACCCAGAUUGCAGGACCAUAAGAGGCUUGCAAGCGCUAAUAGAACGUGAAUGGCUCCAAGCUGGUCACCCAUUCGGGUCUCGUUUACGUUGUGGUCCCUACUCCAGCCAAUCCAGGGCUGCGCCAACGUUUCCACUCUUCCUGGACUGUGUCAGGCAGUUCCUGGAGCAGUUCCCGUGCAGUUUCGAAUAUCGGCAAUCCUUUCUCAUCGCAUUGUUUGAACACUCUUACGCAAGUCAAUUUGGUACAUUCCUCUGUGACAGCGACCAAGAGCGAUCAACACGAGGCGUUUACAGACAGACGACCAGCUUGUGGUCAUUUGUGAACCAGCCAGAUGAGCUCUGUGCCUACAUCAACCCAUUGUACGACCCCACUCCGAAUGUCAUAUGGCCAUCAGUUGCGCCCAUGAGCUACGUCAUAUGGGAAGAGUUAUACCUCCGUUGGCUGGUCCCCCAACGGACGGAGGAACGCGAAGAACAAUACAAGGUGAUUCGGACCAGGGAACAGCAUUUGCGUUCACAGGCCCAACAACUUCGAAGGGAGUUGAUGGACUUGGCCCAUAGAUAUUAUAAUUUAGAUAAGUAAUUUGUUGUCAUAUUUUUAACUAUUUCUUUUAAUGGUAAUAAUACUUUGUAAAAAUAUAAUUAUUUUAUUAAAGAGCAGUGAUGGCCUAGUGGCCUGCCACUCUCAUGUUGGUGCCUUCCAGGCGUGGCUUUGCAGUGGAAUUCUCUUUCUUUAUACAGUCAAAUUGAAACUUAAAAUAACUUUAUUCAUAUAGGUAACUAAGUACAAUUAUGAACGUAAAUAGAAAAGAUGUUUAAUUGAUUCUUAAUUUACAUUUACUACCAGUUCGCAAGUCAAGGGCGUAGAGCGAGCAAGAACUGGCAAGAAACUCUCUGCCACUCUUUUUAAUCGCCAAGUUUUAAGGCAUACAAAUUGUUUGAACUGGAGCAAAUCAAUCCCAAGGAUUAGGAUCAUUUUAAUAAAGUCAUAUUUAUAAAAGAGCUUUUUUAACGACACGUACGUGAUCGUACGUGAAGGCAUUCCGACCUGGUGCCGAUCCUUCUUGAUGGAAGGUUUUUCCUCUUUAUUAUUUAAAAAAAUACACUAGUUAUCAGCAGCCAGUUGGUUCAGGUUGUCUUCCGAUAUAGGCCUCCCCCUGUUGUUUUCACUCGUCUGCUUUCACGAGUUGAUCUUCUCCAUCCUCCCGGCAGAUCGUCUUCCCAUAUCUUUUUUUGACUCUUUUUCAUCUCCCAUCUCUGGGAUACUAGAAAAAAAAAUUUGAAACAGAGGCCCCGAUCUAAAGAGGUUGUAGCGCCACUGAUUCAUAUAUUAUUUAUCUCUGGGAUACCAUGACGUCUUAAAUAAAAGACAGCCAGUGGCCGUGGCCUCAGAUAUCUGUUUCUCAAUUAGAUCUGGAUCUAUGGCUGUCCCUUUCAGCCUUUCUUAAACAGGAAAGUUCCCAGUCGUGGUUCGAAUGUUUUAAAGUUGAUAGUCGCACGCGCAAGCCACCACAAAGCUGCUCCAAAUCAAAGUAAUCAGUGGCGCUACCACCUUUUUAGAUCUGGGCUUCAGAUUUUUGUAUCCGUCUCAUGAUUUGUCAAUCUAAUAGGCGAGUAGGUGAUCAGCCUUCUGCGCCUGAUACACGCCGUCGUAUUGCGCUAAGGCAAGCCGUGUACUUCGCGAUGUUUGCCUUUACCGUUCGAGCGAAUGUUAAACCACAUGUGAAGCCACUAGACCAACACAGCUCCAAAUAAUAUUUGAUAUUUAAUUACUGUGAAACUCUCUUGUUCAUCAUGACUUAAUUAGUAUAGAAGUGUGUAAAUAUAAUUGUCAAACCAUUCAUAGAUAUUGUCUAUGGGUAAAGUCAGAAAAGUUCAAUUUGUAAACAUAUAACCUUUUUGUAUUAAGGGACGCAAAAAUGUCUGCCCUAUCAGCGUCAAUUUAUGUAAAAAAUUGUUCAAAAUAAUAUAUUUAUAUACUUUGCAAAUGAAAGAUUGUAUUAGUUUAAGAAUGUAUGUACACAGCGGCUUUAAGCGGGGCCUAAGUUUCUUCAAGUGUGUAAUUUAAGUAGAAUUAUUGUCAAUUAUAUAUUUGCAUUUAUUUUGUUUUAUUUAAAAAUCCUUCUUAUAUAAUAAAGGAUGGCUAUAGAACAGUCAUAAAAGGCCUGUGCCGGCCUUUAAUAGAGCUCUUUUAAAUCGACUUUAAAAAAGCGAUUGUUAAUUUGAACUGUAUGUAAUAUAUUUAGAUAUUUGUAAUGUUGGA